CACAGAACAAAGAGAAAGAGACAGAGAGUGACGGAAGGAAAGAGAGAAAAAAAACUGUGUCUUUGGAAAACAUGGACGACCCUCUCCACGUGAAUCCCUGAAUCCCACCCCAUUCCCUAUUCACACACACACACACACACACACACACACACACACAGACACAUCACGAGAGAGCGAAAAAGAGAGACGGAGAGAAUCCAGGAAUCCAGACAUACUUUUAUUGUGAGUAAAAUAAGUCACUUCCUAUUGGAUAACAGCCAUGUGGGGUCACAAAUUCCGACUGCUGCUUCUAAUCCACUUCCUGUUGUCCGACAUGGCCCAUCUACAAGCCCCGCCCUCUUCACGCUUCAAAAACAGAAUUGGGUUUGGCUUUUCCUCCACCAAUUCUCCUUCCUUAUCUGCAGUCCCACCUGAGAAACCGAGGUCCAUCCGAGGUGAAAAACCUAACAGUGACCCAGUCCUCGACCUGGUCUCUGGCCUUGCAGUAUCUUUAGAUGGUCUUGUGCAUCUCCAUGGGAAUUUGAGCUGCAAGGAGCUGGAGGCAGGGCCUUGGAACGGGGCAGGGUUUUCACAUGAGCUUUUGGGGUUGGUCAUUGUGCCUGUACUAGUGUCUGCAGGAUGUGAAUAUGAGGCAGAGGAACUGGUGAGGAACUUGUUUACAAUGCUGGGUGAGGAUGACACACAAGAGCUCCUGGAGGACAUAGUUGUUCUGAUUAGAAGGUCAUUUCUAAAUCGCUUAAAUUCCCCAUCCAUUCCAACCAAGUCAAGCCAUCAGUCGGAGCGCCACCUGCAAGCCAUGAUGUUCAACAUCCAACAGCUGGCGGAGCGUCAAGAUGUGGCUGAAAAUGUUUCUGGCUUGGAGAAGCGAUGCCAAGGCUGGAUGAGGAUAAAGGGCAUGGUCUUAUUAGGUCAGAAUAUCAAUCAUGAAAAGCUGCGUCUCAGUGAAGCAAAGCGUGUUUGCCGAAAAAUGGGAUUUGUUUGCGCAGGCGUGACGCAUGAUGUCCCUAACAGCCCUGAGUCCUACCAUAUUGUUCUCAGACCAGGCAGCUGGCUCAUGCCCUCAUCUACUUUGAACCAAUCAGAAAGCUGGAUUCAGAACUGUAGGGUGUGGCCUGUACGCUGGCGAAGACAUGGCGUUCAUCAGCCAGGCUGUGCUAAUGAAAAAGAGGAGCGUGUGUAUAAAGUGGUGGAGUGGAUCCCUGCAGUCUCCACGCUCUAUAACCUGGGGACAGCUGUUUAUUAUGCCUCCAUGCGCUGCUCCGAUACAGCAAAAGAAAGAGCCCUGAUGAGUGCUGUGGAUCUGGGGACCGAUGCUAUCGUAGCAGCCACUGGUGGCACAGCAGGCGUAGCUGGAUAUGCCUUGGGGGCGGGGCUUAAAACAAGCCUAAAAGCAGGAGUUAAAUACCUGCUGAAUAGAAUGACCCAGGAAGAAGACCUAGUCUUAAACCAAAACAGCUGGGAGGAUGGAGCUAUUAGCUUACAAUAUUAAUAAUAGUAAUAAUAAUCGUAAAUAAUAAUAAUAAUAAUAAUAAUAAUUUGUAACAAUCGUUGGGUGCCUUUUCACUGUACAGUUUAUUUAACAGUAGAAAACUACAACAGUUCUUUUUCCAAAGGAAGCAACAUUUAGGGCAAAAACCUAAAAUGAUUUCUGGUUUUGAUGUAGAGUCCAAAAAAUCCUGAUGUCUGAGAACUGAGAAAUGUACAGUCUGGUCACAUGAGACAUGUCUGUCUCUGUACUUGUGUAAACUCUGUACUCUGGAACUCAAGCCAAUGUUUACUGACACCGCAAAGAACAACAAAAGAUUUUUGAUUUUUGGUGUCUGCAUUAAAAUCAUGUUUGUUUUUUAUCACAGCGUUCUAAUGUAAACACUGAUGAAUGACUGUCGUUUGAAUUCAUCUAAUGGAAUAUAUUUACAUUUGGCAGACGCUCUUAUCCAGAGCGACUUACAUUUUUUUAUCUCAUUACACAUCUAAGCAGUUGAGGGUUAAGGGCCUUGCUCAAGGGCCCAACAGUGGCAACUUGGUGGUUGUGGGAUUUUGAACCUGGGAUCUUCCAAACCAUAGUCCAAUGCCUUAACCACUGAGCUACCCCUGACCCAUAUUUCCAUUAGAUCCUGUUUAGAUGUACAUUUCGAGUGUGCAGUAAAAAAAAUGUAAAUACAUAAAAUGCAUGAAAUAAUACAGAAAAUAAUUAAAAAUAAAUAAAUAAAUAAAAUGUCCUGCUGUGUAGUAAAAAGAGAACUUAUUGGAUGUGUGACUCCUCGCAGUUUCUAGGUAAAUAAACUAGAUUUUAGAAAAUUCCUAGAUUUGUUUUUAGUUGUCCAGAUGAUUGAAUUAUUACCAACAUGACUUAAAAUGAAAACACUUUGCUAAUUAUAUGCUAUACUGAAUUUAAGGUACGGUGGCCGCUCAGAACAAAGCACUUACAAAAGUGAAAGCACAAACAGUACUGCACUGCAAAUACAAAAGCACAUGCAAAAGUCUAAGCACAUGGUUAAACAACUAUGUUUAAAUAAAUUAAGGCUAAUAUUUAUCAUAUGAUUUUAUUCUGUUUUCAUAAUAAUAAACAACACAAUGUUUCUAAUAAAUUUAAAACAAACAGUUAAUUUUGUUCAGAUUUUUUUGGGGGACCAAUACGUUUACACGAUAUUGUGUUGUCUGACUAAAACCUGACUUUUAAGAUAAAUCUAAACAAAGUCAGGCUGAAAUCACACUUCUCAAAGUCGCACCAGAUAAUGCGCUUAGGAGUCGAGCUGCUCCUGCACGUAUACCUUUAGUCCAAUACAGGAAUCGGUCGAGGUACUCUGGACAUGUCCUACACUUCUCACCCUGGGCUUUGACCAGGAACUUAAAAAAAAUGCAUACAGUAAUAGUAAAAAAUAUGCAUGUUGUUUUAGUCAAGACCUUUAUAAUUAUUCUACCAUCAUCACUCAGUGAAGUUCUGCCCAUAAUCUGUUAACGACUAACAGAUGGGAAUGACUGCUGGCUCGCAAAUUACAUAAACUGCCUGAAUAACAGAUUACAUUAA